AUGAGUACCGGACCGCGGCCGUGUUCUGCCCAGCGGACGGAUCACGGAUGCGACCACCGGGACUGCCACAGGGGUCCCUUCCGCGUGGUCUUCGUCUUCACCGUCCCCAUCUACCACCAGCUGCGGUGGCCCGGUUUCACGUCGGCGUGCGUCUACUCAUUCGAGACUGGCACAUGGGGUAAACUGACCGCGAUGCGCCACACGUCUUGCUUGAUCUUCACAUUUCAUUCCAGCGUGCUCGUUGGGAGCUCUCUGCUCUACUUCAUGUCCGACAGUGGGUGGAUCUUAGAGUAUGACUUGGCCAGCCACGACCUCACUGGGUUCAACCCGCCACAUGACGGCCCCGAGCAGACAUUUAGCCUCAUGGUGGCGGAGGAUGGUGGAAUUGGAGUUAGUGAAGCCUUUUGCCUCUUCACAAUCGAUCUACAGUCGGAGCUGGUGGAGAAGGUGUGUGAUGAUCAUGGCUUCUGUAAUUUGAUUCGAGUUGUCAGCUUCUACACUCCUGUGGACUGUGGCGAAUACCAGGAUCUGCAGCCGUCGAUCCCUAGUGAGGAGGUUGGUGAUGAGGACGGGGGAGAAGAGGAGAAAACAAUAGAUGAGGCACAACAACUGCUUGACGAUGGGUCCAACACUAUCAAGGAGGGGGGCUUUGUCAACACCUUUGAAUGUGUCAGUCAUGACCUCAAUAUCAGGAGUGCUUCAAGUGAGGAAUCGGUGACGGGCACAUCCAGCGAAGAUGGCGAUGAUGGGGUCUCAAAGACCUCUGGUAGCAAUGGUGAGGAUGCUGCUUCAUCUUCAGAGGAAGGUGAUGCUGAAGAAGGGCUUUUGGACAAUUUCGAAGAGGGGAUAACUGCAACUACCAUUCAGCUCGAAGCCCAUGGCAAUGGCAUGGUAUACUUUGUUGGCGCAAGCAAGCAACGUGAUGAGCAAAUAAUCCUCGAAUCUGAGUUGAGUCAUUUUAUAGCUUCUCUCCGCAUACAAGACAAUGACCUCCUCGUCUUCAGAAGCAUGAGGAAAGAUCGCCUUGAAGUUCUUGUCCUUGACCCGAGCGGUUGUGAGAAAACUUGUUUUGCCAUGGGAAACUCUUCAAAUGCCCGAGAAGUGUGUGAAGAUCUGGUUGAGAUUGUUGAUCCACCCUCGCAUACUCUCAUUGAUUUGAGUUCUGAUGACAAUGAAUUUGUGGAAGAAGGCAGAUUUGAUGACAAUGAAGUCGUGGAAGAAGGCAUAUAUAUGACAAUGUCAAGGAGGGAGCAGAGGCCACUACGAGGCUGUCGUGCAAAAGCUCAGAAGAUGGCUUCGACAUCCUCCCCUUGUAGUAAGUCAGGUCAUGGACGCAAAGCUGGCAAGUCGAAGGAAGCCGCUUUAGAAGCUCCUAUGUCCAACAAGCCCUACAUAUUACCCGUGGACAUGAAGCUAACUAGUGACCAAGAGGAGAAAAUAAAGGAGAAAGUCCGGGCGAUUGGAUCUGAAUUCCCUGUGCUUGUGAAGGUGAUGACGAAACCUGGGAUUGAUGAGCCAACAAAGCUAGAAUUCUGCCUGGAGUAUGCUCGGGCGUGUCUCCCGCUAGAACAAACACCUAUUAUACUUGGGCUGGAGCGUAGCAAGAUGCAGUGGCCUAGCAUGCUGAAGGUCAAGAGAUAUACGGAUGGGAAGUGGAUUACCAAAUCCUGGAAGGAACUUGUCUUGCAGGCUGGGAUGAAGCCAGGAGACAUCUGCCUCGUUGAACUGGCACGCAGGAGCAACGAGAACCUCAAGAUGACGGUCCAUCUGAUCCGUGAGCGGAACCGCAGCUCUAGCUCUCAAGCAUCUUGUUAG